CUUAGUUGAUUGAUCAUAAUCCAGGUCUCAUCGAGUUAGGUGUUAGUGUUAUUUAUCAGCAACCGAAUCAAACUAUUGCCAAUGCUUAAUUUCACUGGUCAAACUAAUAAACGGGUGGUGAAUCUUGGAAAUCGGCGAUCCAAUACCUCAUCAAAUAGCAGGAACUAUUUGGAACAAACUCGAAUACAGAGACAGAAAAGAGAGGUGCAAAGACAACGGGAAAAGGCAGGAUUAGUAUUACAAAGUUACGUUAGAAGGUAUCUUGAGCUAAAUGAUGAAGCUCAGCGGAUACAAGAAGAAUGGAAGCGGGAUUCAAAGGAUCAAGUUGUUGAUUGGAGUAUUUGGAUUACCAAGUUUGAAUUCAUAUCUAAAUGGGCAUUUCCCAGUCAACCGAUUGAUCGGACUCGUGAAACGUUGUUUAGUCUUGACAAUUGCUUGAAUGAGUUUGUAAAUAAUUCAAUUGAUUCAAGAUUAUUUGAUAAAUUGCUUGAAACCUUGAUUAGAUGUAUCAAAAUAUUCAAUGCUAAGAAGUCUAGUGUCGAUAUGAUUGUUCUUGUAUCACGAAUUAUUAAGACCCUUAUCAAUAUUGCAUCAUCCGCAAUUUCUCCAAACGCUUAUCGUGAAUUAAUUUUGAACCUCACUUUUACUUGUAAUGAAGUUGGGGAAACAAUUACCGAUGAUGAUUUAUCAUCAAUGGUUGAUUUGAUUUAUGAAGUAAAUGUUAAGGAUUCAUACCAAAACUUUAUUAAGUUUUUAUCUAUUCCCAGUGAAAGAAUUGUUUUAUCCAAAAAUCAUCAUCGUCUUGAUAUUUUAAGAUCGGUUUUCGUUGAAUAUAAUGAUACUUUAAAUAACCUCUCUGACCACGAGAAAGCUUAUUUGUUGGUUAGGGUUCUUCGUAUCCAUGGAAGCGAUGAUAAAUUUAUUGAACAGGAUUAUUUUAUGAUUGGUAGAAUUCUUUCCACCAUUUCGUUUUCAAUCUAUAGUCAAGAUCAAAACCCCAAUGAUGAUGAAAAUGAUGAUGUAGAAGAUAAGUUAGAUGGCAAAAUUGAUAAAGUAUACCUUGAUUCAGAAUCUUAUACCGCUUUACAAAUAUUGUAUUCCUCAGUUUAUAUAAAGCAAGGUAUUCAAAUUUUCACCAAUAAUACUCAUACUUCCUUAUCAAAUUUAGUUCUUUAUUCAUUUGCCACUUUAAUCUAUUUGAUUCCUUCUUUGAAAAGUAAAUUAUGUAUGUUGGUAACCAUUACCCCGGGUUCUUAUACUUGGUUUUUCAAUGAAUUGAAGAAUGAUCCAAUUUACAAAUUUUUAGAAAAUACUUCUGAAAAUGAUGAUUAUGCUAAAGUUGAUGAUUUGAAGAAAAUUUAUUGUAAAUUACAACAUGAAAAUUCAAUCGAUAGAUUUUGGAAAACUUUGUUUACUUUUGAAGAAUUUUAUUCAUAUUGGUUGAUCGUUUCCAAUGAUUUAGAAAGUUUUGCCGAUGAUAAAUUGGUUUUGAAAGAUGUUUCUGAAUUUCUAACUUUCUUGAAAACUUUAUGUCUAACACUAAUUUUCAACAAUAUGAAUUCACAAAAAGAUUAUUUUAAAGAUUACAAUAAAUUGAAGGAUAUUUCAAUUUCAUUGUUAAAUCAGCUUUAUAUGAAAAAUUUAAGGUUAAAUUUUUUACCUGCAGAUUUUUGGAUAUUGAAAAAUUUAAAUUUUAAUAUCGAUUCUAUGAUUCAAAUAAUCGCAACUGAAGAAGAAAAGAGAAUAUCUUUAGAAAAUUUAAUGUUUUCAUCAUCUUUUAAACCUAAAAAACCUAAAUUUCUUAAUAGUUCACACGACACGUUAGCCAAGCUUGAAGUUUUGAAAAAAUUACCAUUCUUCCUUUCUUUUAAAGAUCGGGUUAGAAUAUUUCAAACCUUAAUUGAUUUAGAUCGACAGAGAACUCAAUCUAAUGAUAAUAUUUUUAAUGCAUUUAUUACUCCUAAACUUCUGGCUAAUAUCAGGAGAGAAUUUUUAUUAGAAGAUGCAUUUGAAAAUUUUCAUAAAUUGGGAUCUCAAUUUAAAAAUAAAUUAAGUGUUACAUUUUUCAAUGAGUAUGGUGGACAAGAAGCUGGUAUCGAUGGUGGAGGAAUUACUAAAGAAUUUUUAACUAGUGUUGUCUUGGAAGCUUUCAAACCUUCAAAUAAAUUCGGUCUUUUCAAAGAAACACCAAGCGAUUAUCAAUUAUAUCCCAAUGAUGAUAUUUAUAAAAAACUUUAUAAAAAAAUUGAUGUUGAUAUUCAACGAGAAAAAUUAUUCUAUUUAAAAUUUCUAGGAUCAAUUAUUGGUAAAUGUUUUUAUGAAAAUGUUUUGGUAGAUAUAUCUUUUGCACCAUUUUUUUUAAAUAAAUGGUGUAAUGUUAAUAAUUCAAUGAAAAAUUCAAUCAAUGAUUUGAAUUAUUUAGAUAAUGAAUUAUUCAAGAAUUUAAUGAAAUUAUUAUCAAUGACUUCAGAUGAAUUGAAAGAGUUAGAUUUGAAUUUUACUAUUGAAGAAAAAAUCGAUGGGUUAGAUUAUAAAUUUGAUUUACUACCCCCAAAUGGUGAAACUACAUUAGUAAACACAUCAAAUGAAUUAAACUAUAUUCAUCAAGUAUCCAAUUUUAAAUUGAAUCAAUCAUUACAUAUUCAAAGUAAAUUUUUCCUUGAUGGGUUAUUUGAAAUAAUCAAUGCAAAUUGGUUAAGUAUGUUUGAUUCUUUUGAAUUACAAAUGUUAAUAUCCGGAGGUGAAAAUGAUAUAAAUAUCCAAGAUUGGAAAGAAAAUGUUGAAUAUGGUGGUUUCUUUGAUGAUGACAUUACUAUCAUAAACUUCUGGCAAGUGGUUAGUGAAAUGAGUCCUCAAGAAAGAUUCAAAUUAAUUAAAUUUGUCACUUCAGUUUCACGAGCCCCGCUUCUAGGUUUUGGAGCUCUAUCUCCCAAAUUUGGUAUUAGAAACAGUGGUAGAUCAAUUGAAAGAUUACCGACUGCAUCCACUUGUGUAAACCUUUUAAAAUUGCCUGACUACCAAGACAAAGAAUUAAUUAGAACUAAAUUACUAUAUGCGAUCAAUACAGAUUCCAGGUUUGACUUGUCGUGAUACGUCCGAUCGCUUUUGCAUCUUAUAUACAUAUAUAUACAUAUACAUAGUAUCUUUUUGAAUUUUUUUUUUUUU